AUGGGUAUCUUCGGAGCAUCUUCACCAUUCGAUCAAGAUGUAGAAAGGGCCACCAGCGAAAACAACACAAGCGAAGAGUGGGGCUUGAUCCUGGAGAUCUGCGACCGCGCGGGCGCGAGCGCGGGCGCGGCGCGCGACUGCCUGCGCGCCGUGCUGCGCCGCCUCGCGCACGCCGACCCGCACGUGCAGAUGCACGCCGCCACGCUGCUGGACGCCUGCGUCGCCAACUGCGGCCGCCACUUCCACCUCGAGGUGGCCUCGCGCGAGUUCGAGGCCGAGUUCCGGCGGCUGGUGGCGCGCGCGCAGCCCGCCGUGGCGCAGCGCCUGCGCGCCGCGCUGCGCAAGUGGGCCGAGGGCGAGUUCCGCAGCGACCCGCAGCUCGACCUCAUCCCCUCGCUGCACGCCAAGCUGGCGGCCGAGGCCGGCGAGCGCGCGCCCGCCGCCGCGCCCGCCGCCGCCGACGCGCAGACCGUUAGCGCAGCGGAGAAACGGGAGCAAGAAGAGCUAGCUCGCGCCAUAGCGCUGUCGCUGCGCGAGAGCGGCGCGGGCGCGGCGGGGGCGGGCGCGGGCGCGGGCGCGGGGGGCGCGCUGUACCCGCGCGUGGACGAGGCGCCGCCCCCCGCCGCCGCCGCCCCCGCCGCGCCGCGCAAGGUGCGCGCGCUGUACGACUUCGAGGCCGCGGAGGACAACGAGCUCACCUUCCUCGCGGGCGAGACCGUGCACGUGACGGACUGGAGCGACCCGAACUGGUGGAAGGGCUACAACGAGCGCGGCGAGGGGCUGUUCCCCGCCAACUUCGUGACGGCGGAGGCGGAGGCGCCGCGCUCGCCCGAGCGCGCCGGCGAGCGCGAGCGCGAGCGCCGCGCGCCGAGCGCCGACGACGAGCCGCUCGCCAUCGACGAGGCGGCCAUGGACGCGGCGCUGGCGGCGCUGCACGAGGCGGACCCGAGCGCGCCCGACGCCGGCGCGAGCGCGCCCGACCGCCGCGAGGCGCGCGUGCUGCGCAUGGGCCCGCUCGUGGACGCGGCGCUGGAGCGCGCCGACCGCCGCCACGCGCGCCUCACGCAGCUCAGCGCCGACCUCGUGGACGCGCUCAAACCUCUACCACGACCUCAUGCGCGACCCCAAGCCCGCGCCCGCGCCGCCCGCCGCCUUCCGCCCCUACGCGCUGCCGCCGGGCGCGCUGCCCCCGGGCGUGUUGCCCCCGGGCGCGCCGGCCCCGGGCGCGCUGCCCCCCGCGCUGCCCCGGCGCUGCCCCCGGGCGUGUUGCCCCCGGCGCGCCGGCCCCGGGCGCGCUGCCCCCCGCGCUGCCCCCGGCGCUGCCCCCGGGCGCGCCGCCGCCGCCGCGCUGCUGAUGGCGGCCCGAAGCGAUACUGUAAA